CCCAAGGAUAGCCAUCGAUUAACACCCCUCUCCCUACCAACCGCGAGGGAUCACGAACCAAGGUCCCACUAUCGAAAAACCUGAACAAUAUGGCUCCUACUACUACAAACCUUUUUGAUGCGACAACCCAGGACAUAGAGAUGCUCCUGGCUGCUCAGGCUCAUAUAGGAGCAAAAAACUUGCAGGUUCACAUGGACCCCUACGUCUGGAAGACGAGACCUGAUGGUGUAAACAUUAUCAACAUCGGAAAGACCUGGGAGAAGAUUGUUCUUGCUGCUCGUAUUAUCGCUACUAUUGACAACCCAGCCGAUGUCUGUGCUGUGUCCGCCCGCUCUUUCGGUCAGCGUGCCGUCUUGAAGUUCGCCACUCACACCGGCGCAACUGCUAUUGCAGGUCGUUUUACCCCCGGUAACUUCACGAACUACAUCACCCGUUCAUUCAAGGAGCCUCGCCUCAUUAUCGUUACCGACCCCCGGACCGACGCUCAGGCUAUCAAAGAGGCUUCGUAUGUUAACAUCCCUGUUAUCGCUCUGUGCGAUACCGACUCCCCUACCGAGUUUGUGGACGUUGUUAUCCCCACCAACAACAAGGGUCGUCACGCUAUUGGUCUUAUCUGGUGGAUGCUUGCUCGUGAGGUCCGCCGUCUUCGUGGGAUCAUCCCAUCGAGGGAUGCUGAAUGGGACGUCAUGGUCGAUCUCUACUUCUACCGCGACCCUGAGGCCGAGGAACAGAAGGCUGUUGAGGAGGCCGACAAGGUCCCCGGUGCUGAGGAGGUUGUUGAAGGUGGGUUCGCUGCUAGUGCUGGUGCUGGAGAUUGGGAUGCCCCCAAUACCGGUGGAACCUUUGUCCCUCCUGAAGCUACUGGCGGUGGAAACAGCUGGGAUGCUGAGGCACCAGCAGAGUGGGCUGCGGACACUGUCGCAACUGAGGUCCCUGGGGCCACCAGUGGUUGGUAGAGAGGUUGGUGUUAAAUGAUGUUUUUCUUUACGAACAAAUAAAAAAAAGGGUUCAUAAAUUUGGGAGAUUCGAAAUG